CCCACCCAGCUUAGGCAGAGUUCGGGGUAUCAAGCUUUUGCCAGGUUCUGUCUUCUUCGUCUCUCUUGGUUUUCAACCACAAAAGAAGCGGCAUCAACAAAAAUGGAGGCCAUCAAGAAGAAGAUGCUGAUGCUGAAGGCUGACAAGGAGAAUGCAUUGGACCAGGCAGAACAAGCUGAAGCAGACAAAAAGGCAGCUGAGGAGAGAAGCAAACAGCAUGAAGAUGAACUUCUGCAGAUGCAAAAGAAGCUAAAAGGGACAGAGGAUGAGCUGGACAAGUAUUCAGAAGCCCUGAAAGAUGCUCAAGAGAAGCUGGAAGUGGCCGACAAGAAGGCUGCGGAUGCAGAGGCAGAAGUGGCUUCCCUCAACAGACGCAUCCAGCUGGUAGAAGAGGAGCUAGACCGAGCCCAGGAGAGACUGGCAACAGCUCUGCAGAAGCUGGAGGAGGCUGAGAAGGCUGCCGAUGAAAGCGAAAGAGGGAUGAAGGUCAUCGAGAACAGAGCCCUCAAGGAUGAAGAAAAAAUGGAGCUCCAGGAGAUUCAGCUGAAGGAGGCAAAGCACAUCGCAGAAGAAGCAGACCGCAAAUAUGAGGAGGUAGCUCGUAAACUGGUGAUCGUUGAGGGCGAGCUGGAGAGGACAGAGGAGAGGGCGGAACUGGCGGAGGCUAAAUGCGCCGAACUUGAAGAGGAACUGAAGAAUGUUACCAACAACCUGAAGUCUUUGGAGGCCCAGGCUGAAAAGUACUCACAAAAGGAGGACAAGUAUGAGGAGGAGAUCAAGAUUCUGACAGAUAAGUUGAAAGAGGCAGAGACAAGGGCCGAGUUUGCUGAGAGGUCUGUGGCCAAACUGGAGAAGACCAUUGAUGACCUGGAGGAUGAGCUGUAUGCACAGAAGCUCAAGUACAAAGCCAUCAGUGAGGAACUGGACAACGCCCUCAAUGACAUGACCUCCAUAUAAAGCUAUGGAGGACACAAUUAAACAACUGCAAAAAAGCCAUCCAGCUGUCUAUGUUCAACUAUCUGUUGGAUUUCUUUGUGGAUUCUUUGUCAGCCAUGACUUCAGAGAAGCUCUAUUUAUAUUUCAAAGUCGUACACUUUAGGUGACUUGAAAGGUGCUAGGCUCCAUUUCAACGUUUAACAACCAAAUAAACUCAAAUGUCACAGUAAACCUUUUUCCUUCCAUAUUUGGCAUCAUUAUUUACACAAUGUGGACAAAACAUUUUCGAUUUUUUUUUUUCACAUUUAAUAUGCUAAUGACGGGCGCACGGGCGCAGCUGUGCGAUUGUACUGUAAGAGACAUGUUGUGCUGUUGACAUCUUGUGCCGCUGUUGGCAAAAUGUGCCCAUCUCUUUGCUCUUUGCAAAUGAGUGUAUAACAGGGUUUCCGCCACAUAUAAACUAGUGAGGCACACCAGCACAGCUUAAAUGAGAGCCACUGCGCCAUCAGAAAAAUUCCAAAAUCCCACAUGAUCAAACAUUAAAAUGAAGUGGAAACAUAGAAACAAACGGAUAACACAUAACACAUCAUGGAGGUGGUCUUGUACGUAAUGGAUUUUGCUGUGUUGUUCGCAGAAAAAUCUCUGAAGAAACAUCAUACAAUGACUGACCAAACUCAAGUCAUGCGUUCCGGCCAGACAUAUGAAAAGACGGACUGCUUGGAUCAGAGGCAGAUGUUCUUGUCAUGAUUAAAACGUAGCGUUUCUGCUGUCACCAAUUUAGUGACUGACAAAAGGUUCCCCUC